AUGGUGCUGCCGCUAGGGGUACUGUCGCAGUCACAGUUACCGCCCGCCUCCCCACUGCCUGCUCCUUCUCCCUACACUGGUCCUACUGGAGGUCUUGCUGAGCGUCGUGCACCUUCAUCUCGUCCUGCAUCGCCUGUUCGUGCUGUUCGCGCUUGUCAUCGUGUUCCGCGUCAGCGUCCACCUGCGGUCCCAGGCACGCACCAGAUGGCACUGCGUCCUUCCACUGCUCCGCAGCGUGUCCCUUUGCCGUCUCCUCCAGAGUCCUCUCUUCCUGCUCUUGCUGACUCGAAGUCUGACUCUCUUUGUGCUGCCAGUCCUACUGUCACGCGUCUCCUGGCUACUGUUGUCACUGAUCCUUCCUUCGAGUCCACUGCUGCGUCUGCCCUAGUUGCUGAGCUUGUCAACUUCGCUGCUCACUGUCGUCUAGACUACGCCGCGAGUCUUGUUGCUGAGUCUGAGUCUGUCUGUCCUCUCUCCUUCGGGGGAGAGUGUGCUCUUAGCACGGACGUCCUUGAGGACAGGCAGGAGGAGUUCCAGUGUUUUGCUGCUGCUUUGCCUCAUCUCGUGUCCAUGCUGAUUGCCCCUGAGGGAGACCCAGAUGCACCAGACAUCCCGACUCCUCGAUGGGUGAAGCGGCCGCCGGGUUCUCUGCCUGUCUUCAAGGCGCGUUACCGCGACUACGACCUUCACUCUCUUGACUCCAGCACAGCUUUCUUGCAGGGCAGCUUGCACGAGGAGAUCUGGCUGCGCCGCCCACCUGGCUUCACUGGGUCGUUUCCUCCUGGUACCCAGUGGAGCCUCCAGCGGCCAUUCUACGGUCUCCUCCAGGCGCCACGUGAGUGGCACGACACACUGAGGACUACACUUGCGGCUCUUGGGUUUGCUCCUUCUACUGCUGACCCGUCGCUGUUUCUGCGCUCCGACACCUCUUUGCCGCCGUUCUACAUCCUUGUGUACGUUGACGACUUGGUCUUUGCCACUGCUGAAACUGGUAGACUCGCCCACGUGAAGUCGGAGCUGCAGAAGAGACACGCGUGCACAGACCUGGGUGAACUGCGCAGGUACCUUGGCUUGCAGAUCACCCGGGAUUGA